AUGGCAGCUUCGUCCGUCAGCCAAACCUCGGCUCUGCUACUUCUUCCACCCCCACCAUCGGCUUCAUUCGAACAGUUCCAGGCGGUCUACGAGUCCCUUCUCUCCACCGUUUGCUCCCGACUCGUGCAGAAUCUACAAGGCAUUCACCAAACGGCUAUCCUGGAUAUUGUGUUGGCUCUGCCUGGUCUGCGAUCGUCAACCUCUCAACCUCGGUCUCGGGUGUUCGGAAGUCUUCAAGCUUGCUUGGCCAACAUAUAUCGACUGCUGGGGGUCCUUUCCGUGGAACAAGGUAUUGAACUGGACGUACCGGGGGGCAUCGAUGCGCGAGUAGUGUUCCUCGACUUCGACUCGAUUAACCUGCCGACCGAAAAAUCGCGCGGGAGCUCUCACAUUGGCCCCAUUGUCGACUUGCGGACGCUGGCCGAGUCGACACGUCUAUGGGAUUGGGUCUUCUUUCCGGAUAACCACGUAGGCCAGACGCUGGCGAAGGCUUUCAGUAGUAUCUAUUCCCAGGCCAAAGAUCCCAAUGCCGGGGGUGUACAUCCCAUCGCCGGGGUGCCCGAAUGGACGCCUUUCGAUUCCUUGACGGCGUCAGGGGAUGUCUCCGAACCCCAAGCACAUUACUCCGUUGUUGUGGGCGGUACUUUCGACCAUUUUCACAUCGGACACAAAUUCUUGCUCACUGCCACAGCGCUGGUAUUGGAACCCAUCCCGGACUCCGGGCCAACCGAAGGACUGAUCACGGUGGGAGUGACGGGGGACGAGUUAUUAGUGAAGAAAAAGUAUGCCGAAUUCCUGGAGAGCUUCGACGACCGGUGUAAGAGCGUGGCGGACUUCAUCUCGGCCGUCAUGGAGUUUGGUCCCACAGAUAGGGCAGCGCGGGUUCAGCGAGUGAGCCAACCCGGCCCCAACGGGGUGCAUAUGCUGGUGAAGGUGCGGUCCGGUUUGACAUUGCGUCUGGUCCAGAUAUCCGACGUAUUUGGGCCUACCAUCACCGAGGAGAGCAUUAGCGCCCUGGUGGUUUCCAAAGAGACCCGCGCGGGGGGCGUGAGCAUCAAUCAAGAGCGCAGCAAAAAAGGCUGGCACGGUCUGGAGGUGUUUGAGAUCGAUGUGCUUCUAAUGGGCGGCGUGCCUGCGCAGGACGUCGAGGACUUUGCCUCCAAACUCAGCAGCACCGAGAUGCGUCGGCGCCGGAUGGAGAUGGCCAAGACAUGA